AGGGAGGGACACUACACUACAAGAAGCCAUGGGAAAGUUCUCCCCACUUUUUCCGAUUACAUCGAUUCUUUUUAAAGAAGGCAGACACAAACCGAGUGGAGCGGCAGAGUUUAGCGCUAUAGUACGAGGAGCGCAGGGUGACACUUUAAAAGUACACGGACUGCUGAGGCCGGUAAACCAAUAAGGAGAAGAAGAACGCUUCACGAGAGAGAAAGGAGCAGAGGAUGUCCAGAGCUGACUGGUCCUUCCUGGAGCACCUGCUGGAGGAGGGCCAGGAGUAUUCGACAGGCAUUGGGCGCAUCUGGCUUACCAUUCUCUUCCUGUUUCGCAUGCUCACGUUGGGAGUCGCCGCUGAGUCCGCCUGGGAUGACGAGCAAGCGAAAUUUGUGUGCAACACAGAUCAACCUGGCUGCACUGCUGUGUGCUACGACAGAGCCUUUCCCAUCUCCCACUUCCGCUACUUCGUCCUCCAAGUCAUCUUCGUCUCCACGCCAACAAUAUUCUACUUUGGAUAUGUGGCUAUAAGGGUGGGGAAUAAGCAGAGAAAAGAGGAGGAGAAGCAGGCAGGAGAAGGUAACAGAGGAGGUAUUGUGAUAGAACGGGAGAAUGACAAUGAGGAUGCAGGGGAGAAGGAGAAGAAAGAGGAGGGUCGAGGUGGCAGAAAAUCUCAAAAGACUCCUUUUGAGGUUCCUAAACUGAAAGGAAGGCUACUGUGCGUGUAUGCAUUCAGCAUCUUUUUAAAAGUCCUCCUAGAAAUCGGCUUCAUGGUCGGAUUGUGGAUUCUCUAUAAUGGCUUCUUCAUCGCAGCAAGGUUUGAGUGCAAAGGGUUUCCUUGCCCACAUACGGUGGACUGCUUCGUCUCUCGUCCUACAGAGAAGACCAUCUUCACUAUCUACACUCAGGUGAUCGCCGCCAUCUCCCUGCUGCUCAACCUCGUCGAGCUCCUCCACCUUCUCCAGCUCGCCAUCACGCAACGCUUGGAGAAACGCUGCCGUGCCCAGCAGCACUGUUACUUUCCAAUGUCAGAGCGGGUGAUCACACGAGAGGUGACUCCUGAACUUCCAUCGGAGGCGCCACAGACUUACAGAGCUGGGAGCCACGUUGACCUGCCGAGUCAUAACCCCUGUGAGAGCUACGGGGAUCAGGGGAUCGAGGCGAACUGGGGAGCUGCGCCAGCGGAGAGCGACCUGCUGCCCAGUUAUGUGAACUGCAUGGGGGCUAUGAGGAAGACGCAGUCGCCCAGAGUACAUUAUAAAAAACCGACACAACACACGCCAAAAAACACUAAGGGUGCCCAUAAGGGACGCUCAAAUCAGAAGCAUUAUGUAUGACGGAGUCAAAUAGAGUGGCCUGUUGUUUGUGACUAUGAAAGCUCUAUUUAAUUUUUUUUUUAAUUUUUUUUUUUAUAAAAACUGUCCUGCACACGACACUUGACUAUCAGGAGUGUCUGAGGAAGAAAAAAAAAACAAGUGAUGCACUGUGAUCAAUGUCUCAGAGCGAGGCGGAAAUUUAAGCGGAGAUCACCAGAUAAAUGAAGCUUUUGAAAAAUAUGAAAAUCUUUAAGAACAGUCCCCAUGGCAACACAAUUUAGGCGCCACAGUGAUUACAGUCAUAAGACGUCUCCAUGUAACGUUUAUGGCUGUCGGUGCUGAAAGUAAGAGUGGAAAAAAACACUGACACUUGGGGCGCUGGUGGGGCAGUGGUUAGUGCGCGCGCCACACGUAUGGAGGCUGU